AUGUCUUCAACAUUCGAAAUCGCAAAUAGGCAUUACUCUGAUUACUGCAGAAUAGUAAUUUCUUCAAAUUCUGCUGCUUUUAAAUUAUCAAAAAAUAUUAUUGAAAUUCCACCGACUUCGAUAGCCAAACUAACGAUACAAUACGAUGAAAGAUAUCCUAUAGACAAUGAGCCUGAAAUAACACUCGUUUGCCAGAAAUUUGGCAUUAAAAUUUCCAGAAUUUUGACACUUCAAAAAUCAAAAUCAAAAUUAACAAUAAACUUCGGCACAAUUGCAACGGGUACAACAUUUUACAAAGAAUGCAAAAUGAAAAUCGAUGAAAAAUCUCAAUUAAAUCUACAAUAUCCGUUUAAUUACACAGUUGUAUCAGGAGUUUAUAUUUUUUCAUUUCAUCCGACCGAAGAAGGUCAGUUUUCUCAAGAAAUUGAAUUGGGAGAAAUUUCUUUAUUAUUAUUGGGUAAAUCCGUUAAAUCUCAAAUAGAAUUUGACUCGAAGAGAUUCAUUAUAUCUAAUACAACAGAAAAAGCAUUGAAACUUACUCUGAAAUCGCUCUCGAAAGAAAUUAAAUUAAAUAAUUCAAUUUUUGAGAUAGAUCCAAAAGGAAUUACAAAACUGGACUUAAAUAUCACAUCUAAUAAAGCAGAGAAAGGGCUUUUGAUUGCAAAAUACAACGGAAUUAAACAAAUAAUUACAUUUGACGUAAAAAAGUACAAAAAUCAAUAUGAAACUGAACAUUUAGCUUCAAAAAUCGAUAUAAGUCCAGAAAUGAUUAUAAUUCCAGCAGUAGAUCAAAAUUCAAACGCAAUUCCGAUUAUAAUUAAAUCAAACGGCAAUUUUACGGUUAAAGGACCAAAAUGGCUUGAGUUUCCGAGCUCUAUCGAGCCAAAUGAAGAGUUUUCUGUUAAUUGCAGAGAUUUUCAAAGAGAAAUUUGUUUAUCUAGAAUUAUUGUUUGUUCAGAAAACCUCAAAGAGAUACCUAUCUUAGCAUACAAAGGAAAAUCAAGUGUUAGAGCUGAAGAAAAGGUCGAAUUGUUCUAUUCAGGAGAAGAUCAGUAUGAAGGAGAGAUAGAAAUCACAAAUGAAGGUGACAGAUCGAUGUUUUGCAUAUUAACUGCUCUUGAUGAGCAUCCUGGCUACGAUAUCAAUAUAAGUCAGUCUUCUGCUGUUAUCAAAAAAUUUUCUUCCCUCAAAUUCACUUUUAUCGUAAAAGUGACAGAUAAAAAUACCAAAGAGUUUGACAUUCCCAUUUUAUUGUAUACAGGUGAUGAAAUCAUUCGGCAAAUCAAAGCUUUGCUAAAUCCAAAUUGUUUCUUUAGCGAAAUUUUCAAAGGUUUACAAAUAGACGAUGAACUUGGCAAAUUUUCCAAGAAAAUUUUGAAUUUUGACAAAAAAUAUUUCAAUAAGAUUUUCAAGGAUAUGGUUUUUGUCAAUGAGUUGACUUUGUUUACGAGGCAAAAUGAUAAUUUAUCAACAAUUCUUGUUUCUCCAACAAAUUUAGUGAUGAAUCCAAACAAAACUAGUAAUUUGACAUUAAUCAACACCUCUCAGAACAGAGUAUACUUUGAAGCUAAAUGUGUAUCUGAUGUAAAGCUUUCUAAUCAAAAAGGAUUCAUAGAAAGUUAUUCUGAGUUGAAUUUGCAAGUUUUUUGCCAAAAACAGAUUGAUUCUGAAAUAGAGAUCAUUACUCAGAAUGAUAGGAUAAGAGUUCCAGUAUCCUUUAAGACAAUAAGUAUUUCAAACCUGAAAUCUUUCUCGAUCAGUUCGAAUAUCGUUGAUUUUGGUGUUUGUAAAGUUCUCAAAAAGAAAAUUUCGGAAUUUCAAAUCACGAAUUUGACAGGGAAGAAGAUUGAUUUGUUUAUUAAGAGUUUUAAGAAAUCACAUGUUAGAGAGUCUGUGUUUGAUUACGAUAAGUAUAUCUCGCUUUCUCCUUUAGCAAUUGUUGAAAUUAAUUUAGAAUUUACACCAUCAUUCCAAUCGCAGUUUGAAGAAUGCGUUGAAAUUGUCAAUCAAGAUGACAGAGAGUCAUGCAUCCUUAAACUCGUCGGAAAUGGUAUAAAAUGA